CAGAGGCGUACGAUUAAUUUGCAUAACUACCUGCAUAUAAAACGUUUGUGGCAACUGUUGAGUUUCGCACUGGUCAGUUAACUUGCCGGACCGCCAUUUUUAGGAUUGUUGCUGGAUUUAAUCAAACAAAUCAGCUGUUAAUCUGGUCAGUAUGGGUUUGUUGCUCGUGCUGUUAAUUGCAGUUAGUAUGUGCACACAAGAAGCUGAAUGCGCGUUUGGCGACCCAAUUGAUGAUAAAGUUGAAGAUGUCCGAUUUCGUAAAGUUGGACGUGCGUAUGUAGAUACUUUCAACAUCGAAGACAACACAGUGGAUCUUUCGAUUGUAACCGAGGAUACGAUCGGAGUUGAUGAAAUAUGGGUGGUUGAUUUUGAGCCGUAUGAUAUUAUUCCAAACUCGAAUGUAAUCGACAGUAAUACCGGUGACGUCAUUCCAGAAAAUAGCGGCGAAUGUUCGAACAUUCUGAACGGGGGCACGUUUAUACAAGAUACAUUCAGCAACGGAAUUCUCUUCAAUGACGACAAUAAUAUCACUCCUAUUCAAUACACAGAAGCAGACUUGAAAACUUUGCCCAAGAAACUCUUCAUGAGUUACUCCAGAGGAGGAUUUGUCGAUGUAGUAGACGUCUACAAUGAAAACGUGACCAGACGAGAAUAUCAAUUUGGAUUUUCAGGGGAUUUUGAGUUUUUCUUCAACUGUACAAACCGUCUUGGCAAUAGUAUUUGGAGUUACGAUGGCUCGCAGAGGCUUAUUGAAUUCAAAGCAACAGUUUACUUUACGAAUGUUAGACCGGUUGUAAAUACUGAUGGAACAAAGGGCAUGUCUUACGUAUCUUCUAGUGCCAAUUUGUAUUACCGUAUCUAUCGAAUCGCAAUGGUUAACUUCAUCCUCAGUUCGCAGCCUUUAGUUAAACCAUCUAUUGAUUUCGUGAUUAUAUCGCCGUAUGUACCAGUAGAGGGUCAAAUGCCUGUCGCAAAUGCUGCAAAGUUGGAAAUACGCUUCCGAACCACAAUCGAGUCCCCAACAGGGGAGCUGCUCAUUUUUGAAGCAGAUAGUAUUGAAUACGAGCCAGAAGACAACAAUAACACGUUGAAUGAAGACUUCGAAAUUGCGUAUCCUAGUGGUCCACAGCCAUGCGAUAAUGUUGGUACCUGUGAGCAGCUCUGGAAUUUUGAGCUGGUUUUAGAUGUUAAAGAAAAGGUUGUUGAAAACAACGAGCCAAUUGACGCAACAGGAAUAUUCAGGUUUAAAUUCAAGAAACAUCAAUGUUCGGAUGCCACUACUUCGCCAACUGGCUGUGUCGAUCUAAAUGAACCGGUUUUGACUAUUAGCAUGGAAGUUACCAUUCAGACCGUAGUUACCGUGGUAGAUUCAGAAACUGACAAACCAAGACUUGUGAUAGUCAGCCUCACUGGCUUCCAGAAUGACAACCUGAGACUAACCAAUGGAGGAGAUGUACGUGGUGUAAAUCAUAGAGAGAGAGUUAAGUAUAAAAUCAGUUACACACCCGAAUUCCUGUACAGCAAGUAUGGACUUCGUCUCACUUUGUUUAUGGUUUGCAAGGGCGUGUCUUUCGCUGAUGAACCAGAAGGUUGUUUAGCAGCCAACGUUGAGGAUCGCUAUAUUGCAUAUUAUCACGAUGAUUUCGAGUUUAGUUACUUAUCAAAUGUCAGUACGACAGUGAGUUACAAUACUAAUUCGCUGUCUGACGAUCCAUGGAGUCCAUACGGUGACAACAGCACCCAACAGGAGCUCAGAUUCAAUGGGCCGGACCCAACCAAUGAAGAUAUAUAUCGUAUGGACUUCAUCAACACUGCAUUAUCAAUGGAACGAGAGUAUUACGUCAUCACAACAGUUUUCAAACUUGUACCAAAAGAGAAUACUAGGAGGAGGAGAGGUUUAUUGGACGGAGAGUUUGGAGGUGAAACGACGCUUAUACUGAAUGCUGUUCCAGCAAAACUAGAUCACCAUAUUAAAACCCGCUCAAUUGAAGAUUCAAUAGAUGACCCAGCAGACAUGAAUGUACCAUUUGAGUUUACUGGUUGUCCUGCAAAUACACAUUUCAUUCUUGAUGAACUUGAGUGCGAGUGUACGGAACAGCACCAGCAAUACAGCGACUCGACGUUCCAAUGUGAAAACACUUACUGGGUGGAUGACAUACUAGAUGAAACUGAAGAUACUACUGCAGCAGCAUCAUGCACAUUUGUUCAAAUAUUAAGUCUAAUAUUACCCUAUGUACUUUCUGUAAUUAUAAUCGUGUAAUUGAAUUUGUAAAAAUCAAAUGUAUUACUAUACAUUAUACAGAUUUGACAUACAAUGAUUGUCACAAAAAUAUAUAAACAUUUAUUUUCUUGUAAAAUCAUAAAUAGCGACUUUUUUUCGCACAAAUAUUUUUCUAUUUCCAAAAUGUCUACCAAUGAAAUGACUACAAAUGUGAUAUAUGUUGAUAUAAGACUUGUUCAUAGGAAGUGCUUCUGGCAGGCCUUCAUAACCGCCCACCAUCCAACAGCACAAUAUACUUCUUGCCAAAGUCACCAAUGGCUAAGCUAUGGAAGGCCAUGUUGGUCAAUAUAACUGCAUAUUCAAAAGUUGCAAAGAAGCUGUACACUGUAAAAAAAAAAAAAAAACAAAUAUUAAUGCAUAACAAGUGAACUGUACUAAGAUGUCAUACAUAUUGUUCACUGUAAGUCUUUGUAGUAAUUUGAAAUAAAUGUUAUUUAUUUGUA